AUGGGUUCCCUCGGCGUCGACACCGUCCACCUCCCGUUCCGACUGGACGGCAAGGUCGCGCUCGUCACCGGCUCGGGCCGCGGCAUCGGGGCAGCGAUCGCGAUCGAACUGGCGCGCAACGGCGCCAAAGUCGUGGUCAACUACUCUCGCGCCAGCGGGCCGGCGCAGAAAGUGGUGGCUGAGAUCAAGGCCCUGGGGUCGGAUGCCAUCGCCAUCCAGGCCGACGUCGGCAAUGUGGCCGAGACGGUGCGGCUGUUCGACGAGGCCGUCCAACACUUUGGCGGGUUGGACAUUGUGAGCUCGAACGCGGGCGUGGUUUCGUUUGGUCAUUUGUCUGAAGUUAGUGAGGACGAAUUCGACCGCGUCUUCCGCAUCAACACCCGAGGCCAGUUCUUCGUGGCUCGCGAAGCCUCCAAGCACGUCCGGGAGGGCGGGCGCAUCAUCCUGACCAGCUCCAACACGGCGCGCGGGUUCGUGGUGCCCAAGCACUCCAUCUACUCGGGCUCCAAGGGCGCCAUUGAGUCGUUCGUGCCGGUCAUGGCCAAGGACUGCGGCGACAAGAAGAUCACGGUCAACGCGGUCGCGCCCGGCGGCACCGUCACCGACAUGUUCUACGACGUCGCCCACCACUAUAUUCCGGGAGGGGAGAAUUUGAACAUUGACCAGCUGAAGGAGUGCGCCGCCCAUGCCUCGCCCCUCACGCGCUGCGGUUACCCACUCGACGUCGCUCACGCCGUGGUGUUUUUGGCCAGCAAGGAGGGCGAGUGGGUGAAUGGCAAGGUGUUGGGAAUUGAUGGUGGCGCCGCUUAG